GCAGCAACAGCAACAGCAGCCGCUGUUUGCACCUGGCUUGACGUGGGGCACCGUGCGAUAUUGCCGCCGAUGCACCGGGGCGCGCCAGUCUCGUCCUUACCUCGUGCGUCGCAGAUGGGUUGCAGUGUAACCUCCAGGUCGGCAGGCUUUCCAGGGGCAACAUUCACCCCAGUCCGGCUCUGAGGUGGACCUAUAACCGCCCUAUCCAAGCAAGGUCAUAUCCACUGCGAUCUUCCCACAUUUUGAUAUAGACAACCACGCGUGAAAGAAAAGCACACGACCAUGGCUCCGUCGGUCGACAGUAUCCGACAGAAUGGCGUCCUCUUCCCAGACUCGCUGGGAGACAUUAGCGCCGAGAUGGCGCGUCAGCUGAUCGACUACGGCGCCUCCGUGCGCAACAGCUCGCAGACGCCGCCCCCGACUUUUGGACGAGGCGCGACGCGUGGAGCUGGCGCCAUGUGGCGGCAAGAUGGCCGUGCUGGUGCUGGCGCUGGUGACGGUGCCGUGACCCCGCGUGAAGUCGACUCGCCCACGCGCCAACAGCACGUGAACGGCUCUGCGAGGGAGAGCUUCGCGACCACGCGCAUGCACCCGUCCUCCACGAACGGCACGGCCUUCUUCGAAGCGAAUACGUCCCCGCGCUCGACGCGCACGCGCAUCACGGAGCACACCCACGGCGGCGCCUUGGGCGGCGCUAGUGGAAGGGAUUCGGUCGGCAGGUCGUUCAUAGAAGACGCGGAAAACACCAAUCUCAGCGGAAAGGAGGCGGACGGCGACCUUUCGCAUCUGGAAACAGCGAUGACCGCCCCAAAACUCGGCGGAUUUGGCGUUCGAGACAAUCAUCUCGUGCCACACGUCGACGGCAUGCGCAGUGCAGCGGACGAGAGAGCGAAACGACCGGCUGCCUCCGGCCAGGAGCCGAUGCAGUGGGGCCAAUUCUUCUGGACGAUCAUCACGGACCCGCAAAGUUCUAUGUCAUUUUUUGCGAACCCGCACACGGGCGAGUGCAGGUGGGAAGUGCCUGCGGGCACGUUUGUCCUCCCGCCCGAUCCGGAGGGCCAAUGGUGGGAACUAUUCGACUCGUUGCGUGGGAUUCCGUACUAUUAUCAUACAACCACGCACAAGACGCAGUGGCAGCGGCCGCGCGGACUCGUCAUUCCUAUGACUGCCAUUCAGGAAUCUGCCGGUGGAAAGCGGUUUUCGCGGCAAAACUUUGGCGUCGAAACACUCUCCGCUCUCGCUGUGCCCACUUCGGAGCUGGGCUUGCCGGCCAAAGUCGGCGCCCCCGGCGUCCCUGCUUCUCUGACAGAAACGCCGAAGAAGCGUAAGAGCCGGCAGCAGCAGCCGCCCCCACCGGUCACCAGUCCAAGCAUCGAGCAGGUGCUCUCAUUUGACGCAAACGAGCGCCAGCUGCGCAAGUCGCAGCUGAUCGCAGAUGCUAUGGAGUCUGCUUCGCCCCGAGCUCUACGCAGUCGCGUCAGCACGAUGGCGUUCCAGGAUGAGCACGUUGGCAGUGGCGGCGCCUACGAUGGGACUUCGUCGCCGCCGCCACAGGACGGACGGACGCCGCCGCGGCGGCGCCAGCUCGGCGACUUGGCCACACAGCCGAUUCCUGAAGCGUACGGUGACGAGCAACUCGAUGAGGCGAAAGAGAUGGGCUCCACCGUGGGGGGUAGAAAUAGACGCCAGUCGGCACGCCUCGCGAUCCAAAGGGGGCUCACCGCAUCGCUGUCCAAUAUCUCCUCGUCCAAACGGGCCAUGUCCCCGGAUAAGCAGCACCAGCAGCAGAUGUCAUCGUCUCCUUCUGCUUCGUCCGAUUUGGCCAUCUCGCUGCCCUUGCGCUCGCCCGAGGAGAUGCUGCGCAACCAGCCGGGCAGGACGACCGGCUCGUCGCCCGGCGGUGAUGGUCCCAUCCGCUUCGAGGCGGUCGAGAGUUCGCCGCAGCAGCCGCGGAUACCGCCCGAGCUGAUCGACGAGCUCGGCGGCCGGCGCGUCUUUGACAUGUCCGACUUUGCCGUCGAGAACUUCUCCCAGCACCGCACUGGCUUCUUCCGCCGCAAGAUGCCCGUCGACCGCAUGCUCAAGUGGCAGAAGGAGCCCAUCUCGGCGCCGAUGCUCAACUUGCCGCGCAGCAGCAGCAGCGGUGGCUCCUCGUACCAGCGCGACGCCAUCACGAUCUUCAAGGUGAUCCAGCGCGCGUGCGGCGAUCGCCCCACGUGUGUGCAUGCCGUCGUGCCGCCGCCGCUGCAGGCUCCGAGCCAGACCAUGUCCGCGCAGGAGUUCACCGAGCGUCACAAGAAGUUGGUGGGCAACAGCGGCGCGAAGGACAGCCCGCCGACGGUGCUCGAGGAGAUACGAUGGGCCCUGGACGUCGCCAUCGUCAAUAGUCCGCUGCGCGAUGAGAUCUUCGUGCAGCUGAUGAAACAGCUCACAGACAACCCAGAUACAGAGUCCACCUUCCGCGGGUGGCAGUUCCUCUGCGUCCUGCUGUCUUCGGCAUUUCCGCCGUCGCGUGAUUUGCACUCGUACCUCGCAUCCUGGAUCGCGCAGCGGAUCGACGCCCCGACGAUCGGCCCCGUGGCCGAGUACUGUCUCGGGCGGCUGGAAGCCAUCCAGAAGCGCGGGCCGAGGGGCAAGGCGCCGUCGCUGAUCGAGAUCCAGUGCGCGCUGGAGAACCCGUUCAAUCCGGGCGUGUUUGGCAUCGCGGUGGAGAAGGCGAUGCAGAUGCAGGAGCGGGCGUAUCCGAACGCGCAGGUCCCCAUCGUUCUGACAUUCUUGACGGACGCAAUGCUUGCGCUUGACGCGCUCAAGACGCGUGGCAUCUUCCGCAUCUCGGGCUCCCCGGACCAAGUCAUCGAGCUGCGUGUACGCAUCGAGCGUGGCCACUACAGCCUCAACGGCCUGCUCGGCCACGAUAACUCGGAUGUCACGGUCCCUGCGUCGGUGUUCAAGCUGUGGUUGCGCGAGCUGGAGGAGCCCCUGAUUCCGCAGGCGAUGUAUAACGCGUGCGUCGACGCCGCCGCCGCGCAAUCCUCAGAGAAUUGCAUCGAGCUUGUGGCGCAGCUGCCCAUGCUCCAUCGCCGCGUCGUGCUCUUUGUCAUCUCGUUUUUGCAGAUGUUUUGUCGCCCAUCAGCGCUGCGUGCGACACAGUUGACCGUUGAUUCGCUCUCGCUCAUCUUUGCGCCCAACUUCUUCCGCAUGGCCUCGGACCAGCUGCAGGUCGCCUGGCGCAACGCGUACUGGGAGCAGCAGUUCAUCAAGAUCCUGCUGGAGAACAUGGACUGCGCCACCGUCGACCCGGAGUAUGUGCCUAAGCACGGAGAGGGCCCCGAAGGAACGAUGCAGCCCGGCGGCGGCAUGUCCAACGGCCGACGCGGCAAGGGCAAAAGCAGUAAUGGCCGUAGUGGGGCUGCUCCCGACUUCACGGCCGAUUUGGGCAUGAUUCUGCCCAGCAGCGGCCUUUCGACCAACGGCUUUGGCAUCGGCCUAGACGCCGGCGAAUCUAGUCCUGAAGUUGCACCGCUCGCAUUGCCGGCCGGCUUCCUGCCGCGCUCGACGCCGUUUGCCGCAUUGGACAGUGGCAAGCAGACGCUGUACGCCAGCGAGAGCUCGGCGGACUUGUAGGCGGUUGCUUGCAGGGUCGCAACCAUGUCGCGUUGCGCUCCUUUUUGCCUUCGACCAUGGGCAUUGUGCACUAUAUCAUCUCCAUCACCACCAUCUUUGUCAGCAGCAGCAGCGAACAUCCGAACCGACACGACAUGUUCCUUUCGCCUCGCCCUGUUCCGCUCAUUUCGUCACGUCAGCCUCCCGCCACAAAUCGACGCGAGUCGAGCGGCGUCUCGCCAAAGAGCAAGAUGAGGGUGACGGCGCUUAUAUGUAGCUCGUGCCGAGUGCUGGCGCACAUCAUCGAUUCCUCCUCCAUCUCAACGAGAAGCGUUUCUUUUAUGUACGAGAGAGAAAGCGAGGACCGUGCUAUCAGAGUUCUAUCAAUUUCGUUGCCCACCGGUAAAUUACGUGUAGAGUAGAGGAGUACCCGAUCCGACGAAACGCGAGUCGUCAUUGCGCGAUCAAAGAGG